GGGGCGGGGCGGGGCGUUACGGGGCGGGUCGCCGGGAACGGGCGCCAUGGCCGACCAGGCCAUGGGGGCCCCCCCGCAGCAGGGCCGGAGGCCACCGCCAGAGUUCGGCAGUGACAGCGACAGUGACAUGGAGCUGAAGGACGUGCGCCUGCGCCGCACAGGGGGCAGCAACAGGGACACAAGGGUGGCAGCGCCCCCUCGCCCCAAGCGUCGGCGCCUCCCGCCCAGCACCAGGGUUAUAGCUGUGCCCGUCUACUCCAGCAAGGUGAACAGGAGCUUCCAGCUGUGCCCCCUAGAAGUGCCCCCCUCUAUCUGGGAGAGAGAUGCAGACCUGGAGGACCCCCCCUUGCCUGCCCCAGCCCCGUGCCAAGCCCCGCCAGCGCCAGCAGAGGAGGAGGAAGAGGUUGAGGCCGCCCAGGGCCCAGAGAUGCUGGUCCGGCCCACAUCCCCGUCACCGCCCCCCAGCCCGGUCCCCUCCCGCCGGCGCCGUGGCUGCACGCGCCACACCAUCCGGGCGGUGGAACAGCAGCUGCAGGGCCUGAGCUCGCUGCUGUCGGCAGCUCAGCGCAGCCUGUGCACAGAGCCUGAUGCCGACGUGGUGCUCCUGGAGGAGCCUGCCCCCGUGCCCGCCAGCCCCCUGCUGCGCCUCAAGGUGCGGUGCCGCGGCCAGCUGCACCGCCUUCCCCUUGGCCCGACGCAGCCGUUGCAGCGGGCGGCUGAGCAGCUGGCACAGCUCCUGGGCGUGCCGUCCUCCCGUGUCCUGCUGCUGUGGCACGACCGCCUGCUGGAGCUCAGCGCCACCCCCCGUGCCCUUGGCCUGGGCGUGGCUGACAUCCUUGACUGCGUGGUGGAGCCGGUGGACAGUGGUGCCGGGGGGCAGGCACCCCCCCCUCCCGAUGAGGUCAGCCUGACAGUGCGGGGUCGUGACCCAGGCUCCCAGUUCACGCUCAGCGUGCCCAAGACGGCGCCACUGUCCGGACUGAUGGGGCGGUACCGCGCAGCAGCUGGGCUGGACUCAGCACCACUGCGCUUCGUCUUUGACGGCCGCCUCCUGCCACCCUCCGACACCCCUGAGCAGCUGGGGCUGGAGCCUGGCGACGUCAUUGAGGCUUGGAACUAGCUCUGCCAACCCUGCCGUGAUGUCAUUGGAGGCUGGACCUGGCCCUGCCCACCCUGCGGGUGACAUCAGCAAGUUUGGACCUAGUUAUACUCAUCUGCUAGUGAUGUCUUUGAGACCUAGGCCUACCCAGGCAGUGACAUCAUCAGGGCCUGGCCUUUGCCCCACCUACCAUGCUGAUGAUGUCAUCAGGGUGUGACUCUACAUCUUAGCCUAUUAUGUCAUCCUUGCUUCCCUGUCGCCAGCCUAGCCCCAGCUGCCCACUGGGAAAUCCCCACCUGUGAUGUGACCCAUUAGUACUGCCAUUUAAGGCCUGCAGUGGGCCAGGUUCCCCUUCUGUACCCCGUGAUGUCAUCAGGGCCCAGCUGAUGUAACAGUACCAGGCCUCAGCUCCUACGCACCUCCCCUUUGGCUUUGGGCCCCUUUCUGCAGUGAGAGUGACAUCAGGCCCUGCCCACUGUCAGGAUUCCCUCUUUCACAUCACUUCAGACUUUGGUGGGGCCCAGACCUGGGCAGGGGUUGGUGAGUGGCCACAAUGAUGUCACAGCACUGCUUCUUCCCUGGUGCCAUCACCUGGGGUAGCUCCGCCCCCUGGCCUCCAUGCAUAUGAAUAAAUGACUUGGAACCAUU